ACUAUGGGAUGCACGUGCAGAACUACUUGGAGCUGACUUGUGUGUGCUUAUUCCUCCGUGGUUUUACUAAAAUGGCCCAGAAUAUUCUUGAAAAAUUUAACUUUUUGUACACUUUUCGCGUACGUCUAUCGUGUUUAAAUUUUGUAUUUAUCCUUUGGUUUGUUAUUCAACAGGCAUUUAGACUGGGAGCAGGGCAGGUGAGUCCCCACAUAGCCGCUCAGAAGACCUUGUGGAGGCACGGAGAGGCAGAGGUGAACAUCUACCGCAUUCCCUUGCUCAGUUACACCCCCGAAGGGCACCUUCUAGCUGCCACUGAAGCCAGGAAGUACUCGGCGGGAGAUGCUGGGCCCAAGUUUAUUGCCAUCCGAAGGUCCUUGGAUGCAUUGGGUGAAAAAUGGGACCUGAUGCAAUUCAUCGUCGACGAUGGCUAUCUCAUCAUUGAUGGUAUCAACCUGGGAACCAUCAUCGUGGACGACGAGAAAGGCAUCAUCUUCAUCAUGUACACCGUCUGCAAUCACCACGACCAGUGUAACAACCCCAGUACCAUGCUGGUCAAGAGCUUGGAUGACGGACUGACGUGGUCCAAGUCUAUCAACAUCUCAAAGCAGAUUGGCUGCCAGUCAUUUGCUCCGGGCCCAGGCUUUGGUUUUCAGAAAAAACUGGCUCCACACCAGGGCCGUCUGGUCUCCUGUGGACAUGGCAGUAGGUUUGGUGGUGGUGUGCAGUGCCUACUCAGCGACGACCAUGGGACGACAUGGCGUGUCGGGGGCUACAUCAAACGGAAUGGGGACUUUGUACCAGACGAAAAUCAGGCUGUUGAACUGUCAGACGGCUCCAUUAUGCUAAACAUCCGCAAUGCCCACUUCUACAACUGCCACUGUCGCAUGGUGGCACGCAGUUAUGAUGGGGCCGAGUCCUUCCCCUUGAAGGAUGUGUACGAGGAUAAGGUUUUGAUUGAACCAGCGUGUGCGGCAGGACUGCUGUUUUACAGAGAUGUGCUGUUCUUCACUAAUCCAAAAAGUACUACUGAAAGAGUUGACCUGACGCUGCGAUGGAGUUACGACAAUGGAACAACGUGGGACGGCGAGCUUCAGAUCUGGGAUAAGGCCAGCGGGUACAGCACCAUGACGGCUCAUCCGGGACCUUCACAGUACAUCUUCAUACUCUUUGAGAAGGGUGUUUCAUAUUCAACUGAAUCAGUUAACUUUGUACGGGUGAGCCUGUAUGACAAGAGAUAGCUGACUUCUUUAUUUACACUUGAUGCCCAAGAUGCAAGUAUUGUAUUAAUGUACAUGUACUGUAUUGGUAGAAGUUAAUAAGUCAGUCUUCAACACAUUUUUUUCAAAGGUCCUGAAAACAACUCAUUGACGGAAGAAACAGAGAAAACACAAAGUUUAAAUGUUACAGGGCACAACACUUUUAUUUCAGUGGAAGCGUUUUUAGUGACAGUAGAACUUUAUCAUGAUGCUGCCAUGUUUGUCUUGUUCCCUGUAGCCCCUUUGGCAACAUUAAUACAACUUCACAUCUUGAUAAAAGGGAACAAACUCUUUCCUUCCUGCCUGAGUUUAGUUACAGUGCUUUGAAUGUGGGAAAAGCAAGAUGGCUGCCCCAUGAUAGAGGUCUAUACCAAGCCCUCUGAAUGACUCCCAAGCUUCUUAGCCCUUUUCAGAUAAAUAAGAACACCAACUUCUCCUCAUUGGCUUGUUCUUAAUGGAGGGAUAUUGCUUUAUAUGUCGCCUUUACCUUGAUUGGAUGAAGCACUGAGUUCAAAAACUACUUCACCUACUGGCACUGGCAAAGAUGGUAUGCUGUGGUAUGAAGAUGUGACAAAUACGCAGAGCAGAAGUGGUAAGAUUAACACAAGAGUUGUAUAAUUGUUUUAUUGUAUAUGCGGGAAGUUUUUAAAACUUCCACUUUUAAGUGGUUUAAAGAAAGAAAAAAGAUAUCAUCUGGUGUAGACUAUUUUCACCGUUGUAAGGGAGUCCAGACUUGUGCAAUUCUCAGGAUUUAACAGAAAUAAGGGGAAGUGAGGUGCAGUUUAACACAUUGACCACCGACUACGAGUAUAUUAAUUGUCACAGGUGCACCGAAUUUUGCCACUACGGAUAUACUCAUAGGAAAUGAAAGGCUUUUGAAAAUUGAAUAGACUGGCAUCAUCGAAGAACACAACACAUACGCUGCUGGCAGUGUGGAGGACAUAAAUCUGUAAAAUGCUCAUGUUCAUAUAGAUACCUGAAAGGUACCCAUCAAAUAUGUGCGCAUGUGUACAACGCUAGGCAAAUGAGAAUUCCCCAUGAAAUCAUGCAUGGCAGUCAACCUGUGAAGCCCAAAAAUAUUUAUACCCCUUGAAAAUUUUGUAGUUGCUGUAUUCUUAAAAUAUUUGAACUGGGAUGGUCAAUCCAGGCACACAGAAUCUCAUCUUUCCUUUGCAAAAGCCCGUCUGGGCUAAGAUGUAAACUUUUCGUUGUCAACUCUGGUCUUUUAGUUUAAAUUCUAUGUUGUCCAAAUUUUGAAUGGGUGUGAAUAAUUGUGGGUUUUAAACUGUACAUACACACUGCAAUAUAGACGAUAGAAGAAGGCAGAAACUUUCAAAGUGUGACUUGGCCUGAACUCAGUGCAGCCUGGUGUUUUCACUUGCCCGCUGGAUGUUUGAUGGGGGGGGGAUUUUCUGAAACCUAUCCUCAAAAAUCUGACUUUUUUGGUGUAUUUUUUGAACUCUUCUUUAUUAGGUCAUAACAGCCAUAUUGGCUCAUAUUCCUAACAGUGUCCAGUAUCCCUUCACUCCCGGAAACAAGAACAGCUAAACAUUGUACACAGAAUAUUUUAAAGCAAUGGCCAUUUCUUCGAGCUUUUGUUUUGUACAAGCUUUCAAAGCUUAGGCCGAUGAGAACAAGUUACCAUCCAUGCAUGUGCAUUGCAAGGAGAUCAAGCUUUCACAUGCCAUUGGUGUGCAUCCUGGCACCAAAAACCACUCAUGUCCAAUUAGGAACUUUUUGCCAACUAUUGCUCCAUGGUAAGAUCGGUACCCUUACCUGUCAACAUAGAUGUCUGCUGGUGAAAUUAUAAACUUACACAUACAUGUAUACUCUGAAUGGGCUGCCACCCUAUCUCAUGAUUUCUCUGGUCUCUUUAAGAAGCUUCUAUAUAUAGAAAUGUGUAACUUCCGUUGCCAUACUUCUGAGGCAUCAGUGUGUGAGAUCUGACAUGUUGUCACCAUCGCUGGGGCUGAUUGGUUGUCUUUAUAGACAACUUUUCUUUUCAAGAGAGUAAGCAAUCUGAGAGAUAGCGAGAGCCCAUUCCAACCUGUUGUUUCCAAAAUUCUUGGCCGAAGAGGACAAUGUCUUUCAGAUGCAGAGCUCAGAUUUCAGAAAUAGCAUUAAAGCUCGAAGUCAUUGUGCAGCUUGCCGCGACACCCAAAGAGGUACAGUUAGACCCUUUCAGAACAAUUAUAAUCCCCACAGAAUAAAAUGUAUUUAAUUCUACCCCUUUUUUAUGAAUGCUAACCAAGCCACUUAGUUUUCAUGAUAUAGUGUUAACUGAAGACUCGUUCACAAUCAUCAAACUCACCAGUAGAGGAUACUUGAGGUACUGGUUUCCAACUUUUGAACGCCCCUAUUUGGUGCCAUUGUUUGCAUUGAAAAGAAAGACCGGUAUGUGUACAUGUAUUUAUGUAUAAGGAAGGCGUUAAAAACGGGUGUCUUGGACACCCAGGCCAAAAUGGUCAUCGUGAUCAACUGACCUCUGUUAGGUGCAUUGAAAAGAAUGGGACCCCUUCCGCUUUUUGAGUCAGGAAGGGCGGUCCCCACUUUUGGCAAGUCCAAUAAUGGGGCAGGGGUUAACGCAUUGGUCUAUUAAUGUCUGAUGCCUGAUCGACUGGUCUCCUCACUUUGAAAAUCCUUCCGCCGGUGGUGCAAUGCAUGUGUUCCUUACAAAGUAUAUGUAUGAUGUUACAUUGUAAGUGCACAACAUCCUCACACACUGCUACCUCUGCUGUACCAUGCACCAUUGUCAUCUCGUAACCUGUCUAAAUUGUCUGAUUAUAAUUGUAACUACUGCAACUUUAAAAAUCAGUAAUGGUAAGCACGAUUCAAAUAGCUACAUACAUCAACUUAGAUGCUAAACAUUUUUUGAGGAAAAGUUCUAUUUAGUCAUUUUGAAAUUUCCUUGUUUCUUUGCAAUAACAGUACAUGCCAGAUGGAGCAACUUUGCCGAAUUUCCAAUGGUGCUUUUUGUCAUUGUACGUUCUCUUCAACAUUUGCUUGAAACUGUGCUGGCUUGUUAGUAGUUAUGCAAAUUGUUAUUUCUGUGAAAAAGUUUGCUACUUAAAAGGAUGUCGCGGUACACUUGUGUAUAUAUAUGUAAGGGAAGCAUGAUUUGCUUAGUGCAAACAUACAUAGGGCCUAUUAUGUAUGUUUGCACUAAGCAAAUGUAAGUGGUGUACAUGCAAUCAAAGUAUAAUCUAGUUUGUUCGGUAAAAACGCUUUGUACUUAGAAUACAUGCUUUUAAUACAAUUUUGGGGGUAUUUGAAUAGCAAUAUGUUCAGAAAUACACCUGCUUUUAUACCUGUUUAUAAUACAAUUGCACUGAUUUUAUGUUGUAUAGUUACCGCACUGCAAAACAUUUUUAUGUUGAUAGUUAUUGGACUUUUACUUACCGAGAUGGUAUUGCAAAAUAAUAUUACACACACUCUGGCAUUGUUUUUCCCUUUUAGUUAUCAUUUUUCACGAUAACUAAGAAGUACUAUUUUAGGGUAUAUAAUUCACCGGUUUUGGUUUUAGUCUUGAUCAGGUGCGUUAAGAUGCUUGUUUAAUGUGUGAAAGCUUUAAGAAUUGAAAAUUUAAGAAAUUGAAA